AUGAAAAGCUAUAAGCUUGUGUACGAACCUGAGCAUGGGGAGAAAAGGUUUCUGUUUACAAAUGUGGAUGUGAAGGAGCUUUCUGAGCCUGUGACGAUUUCCAGGGAAAGGCCUUUGAGAGAAGAGGUUGUGUUCAACACAAAGAAGAAGAGUGAGCAGGUUGAGUAUGAGGAUGAAGAAUACAGGAAGCUCAAGGAGAAGGAAGGGUGCUUACUAAUUCUUGAGGAUGCAGAAAACAGAGUCUAUUCUGGGAAGAUGCAGGACUUGGGUGCAAGUAGCUCAUGUUACUUUGUAUUUAUCAAUACUGGGACCUAUUUGAAAGUUGUACCUAUCCGGAAGUGGUACCGCUUUAGCCAGAAAUCUCAGCUAGACAUUAUCCAAGAAUAUAAUAUGGAGGGUGUUGGAGAAGAGAAUGGUGGAGGAGAAGGAGAUAAGACAUCAUCCGAGGAAAGAGAAGAGAUUGACUUUGAUGAUGACUUUGAUGAUGAUGAUGGAGAGGAGACAAAUGUGUUUGUUGUUCGUGAGAAGAGGCUUAACAGUGCAGGAAGACGAAUGAGAAACAUCAUGGAGAACUAUGAAGAGAAGGAAGAGAGCGAUAUUUCUGAAGAAAUGGAAGAGAAGGAUAUGAAAGAUGUUGGAAAGGUGGAGAAGGUUCUUACAAAGGAUGUACUCAGAGGGAUGUUUAGAGGAGGGAGGAUCGCCUUAAGGGAUCUUCUUCGAGGGGUGAAGACACGAUUUGGGCUUAAUGACGAGGAGAAAGAGCUUGUAAAGGAGUUUAUUGGAGAAAACUGCACGUUCGACACCGACGAGAGAAAUAAAGAAAAGUAUCUUGUUCUGAAAAAAUAG